AUGUUUCUGUCGGACGCCACCGUACUCAUGUUCACUUUCACGAUACUGUUGAAUUUCUUAUACUUGUACUCGCCCAUCGAAUCGAUAGAAACUGGCAUACUCUACAAGACGUGCGAGGAAUGUCUGAAAACGGCAUGCCACAUUCAAAAGAAAAGACCAUGCAAUACCAGAUUGUUAGCUGACUACAAAUUCAUAUGUUUUGAGUGUCCACCCGAAUUUGGCAACGAACAGUUCUACUCCGAAGAUGACUGCUUAAAGGGCUGCACGGACCCGUCAUAUCAUUGCGUUUGCGACUUCUCGUGUUUUAUGUGCGUCCAAAAAGAAGGCUUUGAUAAGGCCAAUUUCACGGAAUGCAACAUUGACCCAAACGAGGAAAUAACUUGCGUGUAA